AUGGCUCUUCUCUGCUUCAGUUCUCUCUCUUCUCUCUCUUCUUCAUCUUCCUCGCGUCUUCUUCAACCUUCGCCUUUUGCUUCACCAGUUUUCAGGGUUAAGCCCAAUGUCGUAGAGUACAAGAACAAAGUCUCUCUCAGUGCUUUCAACUUGAGAAGUAGCCAUGGAAGAGCAGCGAUUGUGAAGGCUUCUGCUUCUGGUGUGGACGGUACCGAGCCCGAGAGCAACGAGGAACCAAAGACUGGCGUUGCUGCUGUUCCGGUGGAUAAACUACCAUUGGAAUCAAAAGAAGCUAAAGAGAAACUGUUGUUGGAACUGAGGAUGAAGAUGAAGCUGGCCAAGAAGAUUAGGCUACGCAGGAAACGGCUUGUUCGUAAGCGUAAGAUGAGGAAGAAGGGUCGAUGGCCACCUUCGAAGAUGAAGAAGCUCAAGAAUGUUUAG